AUGGCGCAACGAUUGUCGGCGCCAUACCGGCCGCAGGACCGCCAGGAGGUCGGUGAAAUGCUCCGUGGACUGGAGGGGAACAAAGGCAGAGGCAAGGGCAAAGGUGGCUUUUCCGUCAAGAAGAACACCUUCGACGUCGCCGGCACCAACAUCAAAGUCGACUCGUGGCGAAUGCAGGACUGGGACUACAAGAAGCCUAAUCUGCCCACUUACGCCAGAGGAUUGUUCACGACCAAAGACAGCAGCGGCCGGCCGGAGAUUGUUGUCAGAGGAUACGACAAGUUCUUCAACCAUGGCGAGGUGAAGGACACAGAGUGGCGAAAUGUCGAGGCCAACACUCGUGGACCUUACGAGUUGAGUGUGAAGGAGAAUGGCUGCAUCAUCUUCACCUCUGGUCUGGAAGACGGCACAUUACUGGUCUGCAGUAAACACUCGACAGGCGACCGCUCCGACACCGAUAUCAGCCAUGCAAAGGCGGGAGAGAAGUGGGUGGAGAGACAUCUGAAGUCCGUGGGCAAGACCAAGCAGGAUCUGGCGAUGAGGCUACGAGAGAUGAACGCCACCGCUGUUGCUGAGCUAUGCGACGAUGACUUCGAAGAGCAUGUCCUGGCCUACGAUCCUGCCUCCGCUGGUCUCUACCUCCAUGGUAUCAACCUCAACCUACCUGAGUUCGCCACUUAUCCUCACCAUCUCAUCGACGAGUUCGCCGAGGAAUGGGGCUUCAGGAAGACGAUGUACGUGCUCAAAGAUGACAUCCACGACGUGAAAGGCUUCCUCGACGGCAUCGCGGAGACUGGCAACUAUGCCGGUCGAGACACAGAGGGCUUCGUUAUCCGGUGUCAGUCCAAAGCAGGCAGCGGUGAAUGGCAUGACUGGUUCUUCAAGUACAAGUUCGACGAGCCAUACUUGAUGUACCGGCAAUGGCGAGAGUGCACCAAAGCAGUCAUCUCGGGCAGGCCGCCAAAGUACAAGAACCACAAGAAGAUCACAGAGGAGUACCUGCUGUAUGCUCGUCAACAGCUACACAAGAAUCCUGAGCUUGGAAAGCUGUACCAGCAGAACCACGGCAUCAUCAAGAUGCGGGACGACUUCCUGGCAUCGCGGGGUCUGAAGGGCUCGGAUAUUAUCCGCCAGGAGCAGAUGGAGGGUGAGGUCUCGAAUGAUGAUGUGACAAAGGAUGUCGUUCUUGUACCCGCAGCAACUAUCGGAUGUGGCAAGACGACUGUGGCGCUUGGACUGUGCAAGCUGUUUGGAUGGGGUCACGUCCAGAACGACAACAUCACUGUUAGAAAGGGCAAGCCGCAGGCAUUCGCUACUGCUUGUGUCAACGCUCUGAGCCAGUGCCCGGCGAUGGUGGCGGACAGGAACAACCACCAAAUGCGUGAGCGGAAGCAAAUCAUCGACGACGUCUCGAAGGUGGUACCCAACGCACGCCUCGUGUGUCUUCAUUUCGUGCAUGAUGACUACGACAAGAUCAGAGAUGUUACGAGGGAGAGAGUCUUGACCAGAGGCGACAACCAUCAAACCAUUCACGCAAGCAAAGGCUCGGACGAGAUCAUCGGUAUCAUGGAAGGCUUUCUGCAGCGCUUCGAGCGGGUCAACCAAGACUCGCCUCCAGAUGAGGGGUUCGACUUGGUCAUUGAUCUGGACGUCAGCGCCUCUUCGAGAGACAACCUUGAGACGGUUAUCAGUAAGAUGUACGCAGAGUACCCGAAGCUCUUCGGCAACCAGGACAUGCCAACCUCUGACGACAUGGACGCCGCCAUCGACGCAGCAAUGAAAGACUACACCGUCGACCUCAAGCACGAAAUCAAGAGCCGCGACGACCGAAACAACAACCCCGGCAAGGGCCAGAACAAGCGUCCGAAUGGUCAAGCCAACGGAUCGACAAAACCAAAGGAGAGAAAGAUUGAGUAUUUCUCGGUACAAAUGCCGUACUCCAACAUCAAUCGGAUCCUCGAAGCACUGUUCAAGGAUGCCGCUCCGGAGGAGGCGCAGAUGUACAAUUCACUGAAAGCUCAGCGCCGCGUCCAGAACGAGUUCCACGUCACGCUCAUCCAUCGCGCCGUCGCUGACCGGCAGCCUGAGAUCUGGGACAAGCUUAUGGAACUCCAAACCAAAGCUUCCGCCCCGACAGAGACCCAGGCCUUCUCGAUCCCAGAGCCGAAGCUAGGACAUGCGAAAGUCCGUUUAGAGCGAUUGGUGUGGGACGACAGGAUCAUGGCCUUCGUGGUCCGCCUCAGCCCGGGCGAAGGCACCGACCAGCAGUGGCAGAGCGCGAAUCCAGUAGCGCAUGUCACGGUAGGUACUGCCUCGGAGAAAGUCAAGCCGGUCGAAUCGAACAAUCUGUUGGCGAGGUGGGAGCGGGAUGGUAGCGGAGCGAAUGGGAUUCAUGAGAUGAUGAUCAAGGGGAAUGUGCAGGUUGAGGGGACUGUGAAGGCUGUUUUGCAGAGGCUGUGA